UCUCAACCCACCCAUCCCACACCACUCCACAUCAGCAACACUUUAUUUGCGUGGUAACUCAGCCGCUGCUCUUGGAACACAAGGAAAAAGCACAUAAGAACAUCACAAAAGAUCUUCACGACAGCCAAACGCCAUGGACGCCGCGCUGGCAUCACUCCAGGCGCGUCUCGCGACCUUUGGAGGAGCAGCAACGACAACCAAGACGCGACGGACAAGCAGCAGGUCAAAAAAGGCAGGUGCAAAGUCAAAAGCAGCCGCAUGGCCACUCUCAUCACCCUCGGCACAAGAUCUUGCAUUUGCUGGUUUUGUCUGGAGGCCAACUACCGCCAGCCCAGACAAUGUACAAUGCUUCAGCUGCGAGUGCCAACUCGACGGCUGGGAGGAGUCAGACAUUCCCGCUUAUGAGCACGCCACACACUCACCUAGCUGCGGCUUUGCAGUCAUCGCUUGUAUCCGCCUGCGUGCCGGUGAUCCAGGCAGGACUGAAGAGGACCCAACAUCUGACGCGAUGGUGGCGGCGCGUCGCGACACGUUUGGCAAUAUGUGGCCUUUGGACACUAGCGCCGGCUACCCCUCAGUAGACCAGAUGGUCGCCGCUGGAUGGUUUUAUGACCCUUCCGACGAAACUCCAGACGGCGUCACAUGUCCAUAUUGCUCUCUGGCGUUAGACGCCUGGGACAUUGGCGAUGACCCGAACCAAGAGCACCGUAAACGCUCACCCGAGUGUCUCUUCUAUACCCUCUCCGAUAUCUACAACCCACCCGUUCCUGUCGCAAAGAAAGGCAAGCGCGCCUCGAAAGCUAAGCGUCCGUCAGCACGCUCAUCCACCGCGUCCACUACCAGCAAGAAGGCCACACGCGGCAAGAAGCGCACAAGUGAUGCUAUGGAAGACACAGAACUCUCUGAGGUGGCCCCGCAACCUGCGCGUGGCAAGAAGCGCAUGAGCGAUACUAUGGAGGACACACAAUUCUCCGAGGUUGUACAACCAGCGCCGAAGCGGGUUCGAUCUUCGAGCAUCGAGAGUUUCCCAAGCGACCUGCCAGUUGGAACGCCUAAGAAGACACCGACUCAGCCGCAUGACAACAUCAACUCAGAUUUCGAUAUGUCAAGCCUUCCCGCUGAUCUCAUGGUUGGCACUCCUAAGAGGACACCACCUCCCCACAGCGAAGCUGACGAUAUGGGCAACACUCAUGGCUGGGAGCCUGCCGACGUAGACAUGCUGUUUGCUUCUCAGGGAGAGGCCCAGGGUUUGAUGCAGGACAUUCUCAUCGAUGCCGGCCUGGACAAUAUCGAGACCGCUGGCUCCACACCUGAACAGAUCUACGACGCAGUCAUUGCAGGUCUGACAGAUCAUGAGAAGUCUAUGACUAUCGAACAAUGGGUUCUCUACAACGCGAAGCGAGGCGAGGAGAAACUGCGCAUGGCCUGCGAAAGACAAAUCAUGGCGUUUGAAGCAGAGGGACAACGUGCGAUGGCUGUCUUGGAGGCUAUCCCCUCAAUUUGAUUCCCCCACGCGUUUAGUGAGAUUUGUGGUACUUCGGAGUUCGGUCGCUUAUGAUACCCCGGCAUAUGGACAGGCGUUUGGACGUGUUGAAUUUCGACAAUGUUCUGUUUUUGCGUUUCUUGUUGUACUUUUCUGGUAGCCGCAUCCGCCCUCUGCCCUCUUUCUUGGGCUUAAGGUGAACCCACGGUCGUAGUUCCCGCAAGGGUUGACUCCUGUGGGGGAUCAGUCGUAGCCUAGGAGUAGGGCUGGGAUAGGCGAGGCAUGUUUGUUGUGGAGGAUGUUUGUGCGCCAUUGGGCUUUGUUGUUCUGUACUCUACGAGAUUACGUUGAAUGAAAAGAGACGUUUUGCAC